AUGGUGUUGUUUCUCUUACUCUCUCUCUCUCUUUCUCUAUCUCUCUCUCUCUCUCUCUCUCACUCUAGCUCCGCCUUGUUCAUAUCUAUCUAUCUAUCUAUCUAUCUAUCUAUCUAUCUAUCUAUCUUCAUGUUUAUCAAUCUAGAUAGCUCGCUAUAUCCGACUGAUUCAUUUCUUUCUUUCUUAGAUUCAUUUUCUAUCUAUCUAUCUAUCUAUCUAUCUAUCUAUCUCCACUUUCUUGCUAUCUCUGACUGGUUUCUUUCUUUCUUUCUUUCUUUCUUUCUUUCUUUCUUUGAUUCAUUAUCUAUCUAUCUAUCUAUCUAUCUAUCUAUCUAUCUAUCUAUCUAUUACAGUAUAUUUAUCUGUCUGUUAAAAUAUAUUCACAUCUAUCUAUCUAUCUAUCUAUCUAUCUAUCUAUCUAUCUAUCUAUCACAGUCAUUUUCUAUCUAUUUAUCUAUCACAGUCAUUUUCUAUCUAUCUAUCUAUCUAUCUAUCUAUCUAUCUCCACUUCGUUCAUGUCUAUCAAUCUAG